AAGACUUUCAUUCUUCAAAGAAAACCCUCAUGCUUUGCAUGCAGGCUGCUGAGCCUCCUCAGCUUCCACUUGUGUAUUCAUUACUCUUUGUGACCCCCGCCGGCGCCAAGUGUCCUCUUCAUUCCUCUCCUCUAUUUUGUCCUCUCUCUCUCUCUCUCUCUCUCUCUCUCUCUUCCAGCAGAAUUCUUGCCAUCUCAAAGCCUGACGCAGGUUAUAAGAUCAGCCUAAAUUUCAAUCGGAGACUCUUGUGCCACUGAGGAAGUUCACCUAGCAAUCUUAGAUGCUGCAAAUGACACGGGAAACAUGCUUACUUCUUCUGCUCAUCUUUAUGUUCUCCUAUACAUCAGAUGCACACAUUGGUAUUGGCAUUGGGACCAAUAUUUCCAACUUCAAUGAGGAGCUUCGAUAUGAAAUUGGAUCUGGAAGGAUGAUGUAUUCUUUGGAUAAUUUUCAUAGUGUAUCUCUAGCGGGAACUGGGAGUUUCUGUGUGGCUGUUCAGAAUGCAGACGCGGGUGCUCUGCAAGCGGGUUUGAAUUGGGCUUGCGGGCCUGGCGGGGCGAAUUGCAGUGCAAUCCAACCCGGAGAGCCUUGUUAUUCUACUAAUUUGGCAGCGCUGGCUUCUUAUGCUUAUAAUGAUUAUUAUCAGAGGGCACAAGCAACUGGAGGGACUUGCGGCUUCAAUAACACUGCUAUGCUUACUACUAACGAUCCUAGCAAUGGCGCUUGCAUUUUCACUGGGAGCUCGGAGACAGGCACAAACUCUACAGGCGGUGGCGGUUUACCGAACACAAAUUCAAGCAGUGGCGGCGGCGGCAGUGGUAGCAUAAUACCAAAUCCAUCUUUUGGACCUUCAGGCCCUUCAGCCUUCGACAACAGCGUUUCAGGACUUCAGCUUCCCAAGCUUGAAUACGUGGUUGUCUUAGUGAUAUUGCUGUCUUUGUUCAAAAUAUAGAAUGCAUCUUCAUACAAGUUAUACAUAUUGAAUAGGAUAAAAUAGAGGUAAUUCACAGUUUGGCCGCUGUUAUCAUUUGAAGAGAAUGUAUAUUUUAGUAAAUUGAUCCUUUGAAUUUUGAUGGGGUUUUGGUUCUGUUCUAUAUGUGAUACAAUUUUGAGCAGAAAUAUUGUAAGACCUUUUAUUAAAUGCUAUUUGAGAAUUGGAGGGAUUUUGUUUUGAA